AUGACAAUUCAUUCUUCUUCUGCUAAUGAAUUAAGUAUAGCAGAAGAAAGAUAUUUAAUAUCUAGAUAGAAUUCUAAAUAAGAUAUUCCCAUUUUUUAAUAGAAUGAAGAAAUUAAAAGCUUAAAAUAAUUAAAAAGUCUUAAUGAAAAGAAAAGUUUAAAUGAAGAAACCAUUAAAAAUGUUUUAAAUAUUGAUACACCUUAACCAUAAGUAUUUACAUCUAGAGGAGAUCCAGAAUAACAUCUAUUAGUUGAUAAAGUUAAAACUGAAAGUAAAAAGUAAUCAGUUAAAUCUCAAACAUAAGGUGGAGAUGGAAAAGAAUCACAGUAACAAUAAUAAGAUGUAAAAAAAGAAGAAUUUUUUGAUAGAGAAGAUUGUUCUUAAGUUUCUUCUAUAAGAAUGCUUAGAAAUUCUAAAUUUUAUAGGAAAUAUGAUCUAUAUAAUAAAUUUAAUAAACAUAUGCCUUUAAAAAGAUAACAUUAAUUCUUAGUCAUACUAUUUGUAUUAAGUUUAAUUAUUUAAGGAUUAUUCAUAAUUAUUGUAAUAUAUUAAAAUAAUAUUUUAGCAAUUAACAAGUUUAAAUUUGGUGUCCUUUGCUAUUGAUAUCAAUUUAUUAGAAAUCAAAAACUUAUUCUUCUAACCAAUGGAUAUGUUUCUGGUUACUAGAUGGAAUUUAUGGACUUAUAAUUUUUAAAAGUCUAACGGCAUUAUAUCUCAAGAAGAAUACAAUUCAGUUUCAAAAUUUGCGACUUCAAAUUUAGGACUAGGAUUUGAUUCUCUUAAUUCAAAUUUAAAAUUAGUAUUGAAUCGUUAAGAACUUCAAGGUUUACUACAAACUAAAUAUAUAGAAGCUUAUUCUUAUCUUGAUACAUAUAAAUCAGAAUAAUAUAAUAUGACACUAAGGACAGCGAUAUCUGUUUUAUUAAAUUUCUAAUACAUUUUGAAAAUGAAUUACAUAUAUGAAAAAACGGUUAAAGCCGACAGUCCUUAAAUCUUUUAUAGUUUUAAAAAUUAUCCUAUAAUCAGAGAUAUUAUGACUUAAUUGAAUUCAGAUAUAAUGGAAUAAACAAUAGCAAGAGGAUAAAAUUUUGAAGAUGAAAUGGAAACUCUUUUUUUAUUUCAGUAGAUAUUUUUGAUAUUAAUGGUACUUUCUAUUAUCUAUGCUAAAAUUUAUAUAAAUAAAAAACUAAUAUUGUUUUUACAUUUGAGUUAAUAUUCUGAUAAUGAUGCAAUUUAACAUGAGAUUUAAAAGUUUAAGCAAUUACUUGAUAAAUUAUAAUCAGAUAAUUCUUAUAAAUUUAAUUAUUCUCUUAAAAUAGCAGAUAAGGAAUUUUAAUUUUUGGAAUAAAAAGUAGAGAAAGAGAAUAAAAAUACAAAAAAUUUAAGGAAAAAAAGAAUAUCUCCUUAUAGAUUUGUAUUUAUUCUCAUUUUAUUUUAUUCUAUACUUACUAUAAAUAGUAUAGUAAAUUAUUAUGAAUUUUAAAAGUAUCUAAAAAAAUAUCCUGAAACAGCUUAAUAUAAAAAAUAAUUGGCUGAUCUUGGUGGAGAUAUACCAUUAAUGUUUGCUUAAAGGGAAGUUCUUUAUGGUAGAAAAAACUAUAUGUACUUAGAUGCUACUUAUUUCGAUAGGAUGUGGUAUUAUAUUAUGGAGUCUCUCAAUAAUACUAAAUUAUUUACAUCAUAAGAUCCAGAUUUUAAUAAGUAAUUUAUAAUAAUCAUAUUUAAAGAAUGCUUGUGACUAAUAAUUUUAAAGACUUUUAUGCUUAAAUUCAAUUAAGUGAUUUAUGUGAAUAUUUACCAGGAGAUAUAAAGAUUAGAGCAGUAUCAUUAUGUCCAACUAUAAUGAAUUAAAAUAUGAGACAUGGACUUAAAGCGAUGUUGAUAUAUAUUCAAAACUUAAUUGAGACUGAUGUUGCAAUCAAUAAUUUUACUUACAGAGCAGUUCCAACUUAAAAUGAAUUAGAAGGAGCAUUUAUGAUAUCUGAAGUUAUAAAUGUAAUGAAUUCUUAUUUUUAUAAUGAUUUAAUUGAUGUUACAACCAAAUUGGUGGAUCAAUAAUAAGUAAAUUAUUCUAUUAUAAUAGAUUUUCAAUAUUUGUUAUUUAGUUAUACUUUUCGUGGUUUUAUUGAUUAUAAUAACUGAAGUUAAGAACAAAAUAUAUGAAAAUAGUAAGAUCAUAAUACAUUUUGUAUAUGUGAUACCUUCCCAAACAAUAUUCACUGAUGAUACAUUUGAAAGAACUCUUAGAACUUUAAUCAAUUUCUGA